GCCAAGUUAUUGCCCGUGCGAACCCUAGCACAUACACUUUCUGCUGUUCUGCCUCCGCGGCAGUGGUGAGAGACUGUUGGGUCUUGCGCGCAGGAACGUUUUGGAGACAGCUCGUGUUGGCCUCAUAUGGCAUCACCAUCCACAUAGCUGCGACAAACGGAACUGUAAAGAUAACGAUAAUUGCAUAGCCAUUAGAUCACCAACACAGAAGAGGAUACACCUAACUCGGGACUGGAUUUUAGCGACCAUUUCCCCCCUAAUGUGUGAUUAGCGAGCAACUCUUCGCCCAGAACGAACAGAAACAAUGGGAGCGUUUGGAGUGGUGCUGAGUAUUUUACAUUUUGUGGGACUCUACGUCCAACUUAGCGCUGCUUCUAACCCCGGUGGUGAUGCUGAAGUGGACAACCACAUCUCUGGCAACGCUCUGUUCACGGAGGUGCCCCAUGACAUCGUGACGGAGAGCGGCCAGGAUGUGGAGAUGGCCUGCUCUUUCAGGGGAGCCGGCUCACCCUCCGUCUCCCUGGAGAUACAGUGGUGGUAUAUCCGCAAUCACAAGGAGUGGACGGAGAAAGCUGCCUGGACCAGCAAUCAGGUGGUGCCCUUGGAGGAAAUGGUGAAGGAUGCCACCAAAAUCAGUGUGGUUAAGGUAGCUGGCAGCAACAUCUCCCACAAGCUGCGACUCUCCAAAGUGAAGAUGACGGACGAAGGAACCUACGAGUGUCGCGUGAUUGACUUCAGCGACAGCCACAUCCAGCACCACCGUGUCCGCGCCUACCUCCAAGUUCAACCCCCCGGGGAGAGGAAGGCCCACACCCCCCGCGACAAGCAGCAGCACGAGGGGGACGACCAGCUGCAUCAGGAGGACCAACACCCACACCCGCACAUGCACCCGGGCAACCAGCAGCAGCUCCAGGGGGACCAUCAGCCCCACAAAGAGAGCCACCACGCCCACGCCGGCGAGCAGAAGCUGCACCAUGGCGACCAGAAGCUGCACCAUGGCGACCAGCUCCACCAGGAAGACCAGCGGCUCCACGCCGGCAGCCAUCACAAGAAAGAGGAGGAGUCCAGGAAGCGGCCAGCGCACAACCACCAAUCAGAGGGCAAGGAGAUGAAAAGACGCUCUGUGGAAGGAGCCAGUGAUUGCACUACUGAUGGAUGUGGACAUUAGAGAUCUGUAGAGGGCUGCGCCUGGAGAGAGAGAGAGAGAGAGAGAGAGAGAGAGAGAGAGAGAGAGAAAGAGAGGGAGAGAGAAAGAGAGGGGGAAAGGAAAGGAGCUGGGAAGUGUCGAGCGGAGAGAGCAAAAGAGAAGAAUGAGGUUAGGGAUGGAUGGAUAGAAGGGAAGAUGAAGACGUAGUGCAUGUACAAAAAUCGCCAUCUGAAUGUCCAUCAUUUAUAUCUGGACAAACAUGGACAAAUUUUACUGUUCUGUUCCAUCAUCAGUUGAUUUGUUUGUUUACAGGAUCAAUGUACUAAACACUGUAAACUGUCAAUCAAUCCUGUGUUUGUCUGCAUACACCAUGUUUUGGCCAUAACUCUCUUGCCUUGUGUAAGCACUGGAGCCUGUUUAAAUAUCUGACUCUAUUUUAACCCAUCUUUUAGGUCAACUUCCUGCUUUCUGUGUAUUACCUGACUCUGAGGUCAGGGUCAGGUUUGACAUAAAUGUAUGUGUGUGUGUGUGUGUGUGUGUGUGUGUGUGUGUGUGUGUGUGUGUGUGUGUGUGUGUGUGUUUG